UGAGUCUGUUUCUCAGUGUCACAAAAAGGCUCCCCACCUUGGCUGAGGAAACUGCAGAGAUGAGCUCUUUAAAUGAUGUAGAGUACCCCAGAAGGAUACUGGACUACAUGGAGGGUUUCCUGGUGUCCAAGACUCUGUUUGCCUCCUGUGAGCUGGGCGUGUACGACUUCCUGCUGGCGUCAGAGCGCCCCCUGUCUGCAGUGGAGUUGGCGCAGGGGCUGGGCACCAGUGAGGAUGGGAUGGAGCGCCUCCUAUCGGCCUGCGUGGGACUGCAGCUCCUGACAUCUCACCCCAGUGACACCGAGGUCCUCUAUAGCAACACUGAGAUGUCCAAGACUUACCUCACAAAGUCCAGUCCACAGUCUUUGUAUCAUUCUAUACAAUACAACUCCAAGACCAUCUACCUGUGCUGGCACUACCUUACUGAUGCAGUGAGGGAAGGGACGAAUCAAUAUGAGAAGGCUUUUGGUGUGAGCUCCAAAGACCUAUUUGAAGCCCUGUAUAGGUCCAACGAAGAGAUGGUGAAAUUCAUGCAGCUCAUGAACUCUAUUUGGAACAUCUGUGGAAAAGACGUGGUAACGGCCUUUGACCUUUCACCCUUCAAAACCAUCUAUGACCUUGGAGGUUGCAGUGGUGCGCUGGCCAAACAGUGUGUGGCUGCAUACCCUGGGUCCACCGUCACCAUCUUCGACCUCCCCAAAGUGGUGCACAUGGCCAAGGAGCACUUUGUGUCUGCAGAAGAUGGGAGGAUCCUGUUCCAUGAAGGAGACUUCUUCAAAGAACCUCUCCCUGAAGCUGACCUCUACAUCCUAGCCCGAAUUUUACAUGACUGGACCGACCAGCGGAGCCUGGAGCUACUCACCAAGGUGCAGCAGUCCUGCAAACCAGGUGGGGGCGUGCUGCUGGUGGAGGCGCUGCUCCAUGAGGAUAACAGCGGGCCGCUGACGGCGCAGCUGUACUCGCUCAACAUGCUGGUGCAGACGGAGGGGAGGGAGAGGAAGGCGUCAGAGUACACCGCCCUGCUGACCGCCGCGGGCUUCUCCCACGUCCAGGUGCAGAGGACCGGCAAGAUCUACGACGCUGUUCUGGGCAGGAAGUGAAAGGUUGCGCAAUACGCAAAGAAUUCACUUUUUUUUUUUUUGUCAGAUUUGGUGUAACCACAGUGCACUUCACUAAGCCAGAAUAAGGAAUCUUAUUUUCAGUGUGACGUGCCUAGACGAGCUGUACUCAUGACGUUGUUUCUUUACUGUUCUGUAUGUAUGUUAGAUAUCUCCUAGUCAGUAAUAGGGCUAACUGUAGACACCCUCAAGAGGGCAUAAGAAUGAAAGUAUUUAAUAAACUUAAUUAAACUGUAUUUAACCAUCUGAUAUUGAAAUGCGUUAA